AUGAAAAAUACAAAUCAUUAUGUCGUCAAUUUUGACGAUAAAUUACAUACAUCCCCAUAUUCUAUUUCACUCUAUCGGUAUUGGCGCCAAUUACAUCGACAACAACGUCUAUUCAUUAUUGGUAUUGUUUUACUAUGCCUAUUUAUUUAUAUUGGUUAUCGUUCACAUGGUGCAGAAAAAAUGAAAAAAUUGCCCGAGGACUAUCAUCGACAAGAAGUAGCCAAAGACAAACAAGCGUGGCAACGGAAAAAAAUUGAACAAAUUGAAUCAAAUAAAGUAAAAGUUCAAAAGAGAAUUUUUUCGAAUCCCAUCAAUGAACAUCAAAUAGCUGUACGAGAUGCUAUGCGACAUGCUUGGAAGGCAUAUCGAACUUAUGCAUGGGGUUAUGAUGAAUUACUACCAAUAUCAAAAACACCAUCAAUGUGGUUUGGUAUUGGUUUGACAAUUGUUGAUUGUAUUGAUACAUUAUAUAUUAUGAAUAUGACUGAAGAAUAUAAUGAUGCUCGUGAAUGGAUUGCAACUAGUUUUGAUUGUGAUGCAAAUUCAGUUGAUAAAUUUAAUUCACAUUUUGAAAUAACAAUACGAAUUUUGGGUGGCUUACUUAGUAUUUAUCAUUUAACAGGAGAUGAAAUAUUUUUAAAACGUGCUGUGGAAUUAGGCGAUCGGCUUUUAAUCAAUUUCAAUACUCCGACAGGCUUACCACUAGCUGAAAUUAAUCUUAAACGAAAAGCAGCUAGUGGCUAUCGAUGGACUUCAGAUUCAGCUCUAUCAGAAGUUGGCACAGUUCAACUUGAAAUGCGUGAUCUAUCACGAAUUAGUGGUGAUCAAAAAUAUGAAAAUGCAGCUGAUAAAUCUGCAGCUGUGCUACAUAAUCAAUCCAAAAAAGAUGGUCUUGUACCUAUAUUUAUUAGUCCAUUAAAUGGUCGAUUUUCAGGUGGUGUUGUGUCCUUUGGUGCACGUGGUGAUUCUUAUUAUGAAUAUUUGCUCAAGCAAUGGGUACAAACAGGAAAGCAAAGAUCCGUAUUUUGGGACGAUUGGAUAGAAUGUAUAGGUGGCGUUCGUAAACAUCUCUGGCGAUUAGCUUAUCCGGAAAAACUAUAUUUCGUAGGUGAAUUAAUGAGCCUGUCAACAUUUUCACCAAAAAUGGAUCAUUUGGCUUGUUUUCUUGCUGGUAAUAUGGCUCUUGGUUGGUCUUAUCAACGUAACUUAACAUAUCUUCUUGACAUGGCCAAAGAUUUAACAAAAACUUGUUAUAAAAUGUAUGCUAAACAACCGACAGGGCUUAGUUCGGAAAUAGCCUAUUUUAAUACUGACGCACAAUUGAAUGUAGAAACCAUAACUGUUCGAGACAAUGAUGCACAUAAUCUAUUACGACCAGAACUUAUUGAAUCUUUAUAUUAUAUGUAUUUUUUAACGAAUGACAAAAUAUAUCAAGAUUGGGGUUGGAAUAUUUUUCAGUCCUUUGAAAAAUAUACACGACAAACUGAUGGUUAUUCAUCAAUUAAUGAUGUGCGAAAUAAAGACAACGUCCGGCCACGUGAUAAAAUGGAAAGUUUUUUUCUUGCUGAAACAUUGAAAUAUCUUUAUUUACUUUUUGAUACACAAAAUUUAUUUCCAUAUGAUGAAUGGGUAUUUAAUACGGAGGCACAUCCUCUCCCAGCUUACAAAAAUUAG